GCCGAUCUGACAUUCAUGGUCCAGCUGGUGCGAAAAACGAUGAUGGUUGGAGCAAUGCCUAAUUAUUAUGCGAAGAGAAAAUACAGUAUGCGUCCGAAGGAAGAUAAGCUAGAGAAGCCAGAUGACGUCAAAGAAGUGGCUGCAGAUGCAAAUGGCACUAAUGAGGCUGUCGAGAAAAAAGAGGAGCCGACUGCAGCCGAGUCGUGA